UGAAAAAACAACAACAAAGACUGAAUUUCUCGUAAAAUUCUAAAAUUCUCGUAAAAUCCAUCACGAUGCCGAAGAAGAUGGGAAUCAACACGAAAGCCGUGGAGGCAAAAGAGCGCAAGGCAGCGACGAAAAAGGCUGAAAAUGACAAGAAAGAGAAGGCAAAAGAGGAUGCUUAUUGGGCUGACGACGACGCAAAAUUAGCAAAAAAGAAGAAACAAAGGGAAGAAGAGGAAAAGAAACGCCUGGAACAACAACGAAAGAAACAAGAAGCCAAGGAAUUGUUGGAAAAGGAAAUGUCUUCGAUACAAACGACUGCCAAACUGCCACAAUCGAAAAUUACGCGCGCCCAAGUCGAAGCGGAACUCGAAAAACGCAACAAAGCCGUCGAAAACUUGAACAAGGAACAAAAACCGAAAUUCGUGAAACCGCUGCCCAUCGAAGAAAAUCUCUCGGAACUCAAUCGCGCCAUGUUCGAAACGCAUAUCGCGACAAAUAUCGACGAAGCACUUGCCGUUCUCUCAUCUGGCGAUACUGGCGACGACAAACACCCCGAAAAACGCAUGAAGGCAGCUUACAAGGCAUACGAAGACGCCCAAUUGACACGCAUGAAGGCGGACAAUCCGAGCUUGAAAUUAUCGCAACUCAAACAAAUCAUCUUCAAAAAUUGGCAAAAAUCCCCCGAAAACCCGAUGAACCAAUUAAAAUAAUAAGGAAUUUUAUCUCUCUAGUCUGGAAGUUGCCUCAGGAACGGAAAAAAUGAAGAAUGAACGAAAAAUUUUAUUUUUUCUCUUAUUUUAUUUUUAAAUAUUUCGUCUCAAAAAAUAAUUUUUUUCUUAACUAAUUUUGACAUUUUUGUAUAAAAAAAAUCGAUAAAAUCGAAAUUUUCUUAAAUUAAUUUUUUUUUCUCUUUUAAUAUUUAUUAAGAUAUUGUGGAGAUGAUGUGUAGAAAUUAAAUAUAAAUAAAUUA